CAUUACCCUUGUUUCUCCGCUGAGAAGCUCUUCUUCUCUCUCUACCCCUCUCUUACAGUUCUUUCUCUCUAUCUCUUCUCUCGAUCUUUACGGCUUCAAUAUCUCUACCUUUUGAUCUUUAAAAGCCUGGGUUUUUGUUGACUCCUCUCACUAUUUCGCUACCAAACCUUACCUCUCGAUUCACUUUAGGGCUUACAGAUCUGUUUUUCGUUCAAUAUGUUUUGGAAGCUCACGCAUCUGUCCUGUUCGCCGGUUGAAGAAGUGUUAGACAAGGAAAACUUCACAUUGGAAGAGCUUCUUGAUGAAGAAGAGAUAAUCCAAGAAUGCAAAGCUUUGAAUAGCCGCUUGAUAAAUUUUUUGAGAGAUAGAGCUCAGGUUGAGCAGUUGCUGCGAUACAUUGUUGAAGUGCCUUCUGAGGAUGCCGAUAGCAAAUGGAAGUUUAAGUUUCCUUUCAUCGCAUGUGAGAUAUUCACUUGUGAAAUUGAUGUCAUCCUUAAGACCUUAGUGGACGAUGAAGAGCUAAUGGAUUUGCUCUUUUCGUUCUUGGAGACCGAUCGUCCUCAUUGUGCGUUGCUUGCUGGGUAUUUUAGUAAGGUUGUGGUGUGCCUCAUGUUGCGGAAGACUAUUCCACUUAUGAAUUAUGUCCAGACCCAUCAUGAUGUUUUCCGCCAGAUGGUAGAUUUGAUUGGUAUUACAUCCAUAAUGGAGGUUUUGGUGCGACUUGUAGGCGCUGAUAUUUACCCGAACACCAAGGAUGUCAUGCAAUGGCUGGCUGACAGCAAUUUAUUAGAAAUGAUUGUGGAUAAAUUGAGCCCCUCUAGUUCUCCAGAAGUACAUGCUAAUGCAGCAGAGACUCUAUGUACAAUAACCCUAAACGCACCAUCUCCUCUUGCUACUAAGCUAUCCAGCCCAAGUUUUGUAGCAAGGAUAUUCAGUCAUGCUCUUGAAGACUCACACUCAAAGUCCGCCCUUGUCCAUUCAUUAUCUGUAUGCAUAUCUUUGCUGGAUCCUAAAAGAUCAAUUCCAUCUCCCAUGAUGUAUUCUUACCGCUGCCAGCAUGUUUAUGAGUCAUCUGUGUGUGUCAAUCCUGAGACUAUAAGUGCAAUGCUGCCCAAUUUCGGCAACUUGCUAAAGCUGUUGAAUGUAUCAUCUGAUGACAAGGUUCUGCCUACAACAUAUGGUGAACUCAGGCCGCCUCUAGGGAAACAUCGACUAAAGAUAGUGGAAUUCAUUUCUGUGCUGCUAAAAACUGGCAAUGAAGUUGCAGAGGAUGAAUUGAUCAGUUCUGGGACAAUUGAGAGAGUCCUGGAUCUCUUUUUUGAGUACGCAUUUAACAAUGCAUUGCAUCAUCACGUAGAGAGUAUAAUAAACUCAUGCUUGGAAAGCAGAAACAGUGUCCUGGUCGAUCAUCUUUUUGAAGACUGUAAUUUGCUUGGAAAAAUUCUUCAAACGGAUAAACAGCCCACAGUUUCUGGCAGUGAAAGUCAGCCCACUUUUCCUGCUACUGGUAAACAAGCACCCCGACUGGGUAACAUAGGGCAUCUAACACGGAUUGCUAACAAACUUGUACAGUUGGGAAGCGAUGACAAUCGCAUUCGAGGACAUCUAGAGAAAAAUAUGGAAUGGAGUGAUUGGCACACUACUGUCUUACAGGAGCGUAAUACACUCGAAAAUGUCUAUCGAUGGGCUUGUGGCCGGCCAACUGCAUUACUAGAUAGGACAAGAGACAGCGACGAGGAAGAUGUUCAUAACAGAGAUUAUGAUGUAGCAGCUUUAGCAAAUAAUCUGAGCCAGGCAUUCCAGUACACCAUAUAUGAUAAUAAUGGCGCUGAAGAGGGUCAUGGAGCUCUUGAUCGAGAUGAUGAGGAUGUAUACUUUGAUGAUGAGUCUGCUGAAGUUGUCCUGAGGUUGGGAGAUGAGCAAGGGAGCAAUUUGUUCACAAAUUCGGAUUGGUUUGCUUUUCGAGAUGAUAGAACUGGAGAUGAUUCCAAGAGUACCUCACCUACUGAAGUGAUGGAAGACAUUAACCUUAAUGGAACAACAAAUGGUGGUAAUAGCAAUAGUGAUGAUGAGGUGGUAGUUGGAGAGCAGGAGGAAUUGACUGAGAGAAAAUCAGAUGUAAUGCCCAGUUCUAGUUCAGAUGCUUUUAAUGGAGUUGGUGGAGCCGAUUCUGCUAAUGGUGGAGACUUCAAUCAACAAAAAGAUAAAGCAGAUGUGUCAGGUGAUGGGGGUUUCUUCCAUUUUGAGAAGUCAGACAGUGAUGACCCAUUUGGAGACAGGCCUAUACCUGAAUGGGUUGCAUGGGGAAAUGGCUCAGUUGGUGGAUCCGUGAAUCCCUUUGAAGAUAAUGGUGACUGUAGCGGAAAUCUUGCAAAUUCAGGGGAGGCAGUAACUCCCUCGAUUAGUUCCACUUCUUGCAGUGGUGGAGAGUCUAUUCCAAAUGGCGUAUCUACAUCUCCUGAUUCUAACAAAAGUUCAUCGGGAUCUGAUUCUAGUAAAAAAGCAGCAGCCCCUGUGCCUUCUUUGUUUGAAGAGGAUGUUGAAUUUGUUGGUGUAGAAUUAGAGGGUACUGAAAAGGCAAUGGAACAUGCUCUUAAGGAAGGGAUUGUUGGGGAAGCGGCUCCAUUGAAAAGGAGCUUAGUCCCUAAGAUGCCAGAAAAGGAUAAUACAGAUGAGGGCGGGUCAGGAGUGAAAGAAUUCAAUGAUGCAAACUAUUGGAGAGUUGACCAAGAAGUCACAGUACAGGAAUAACUGGGGAAUUCAGUUGACCUUUAUCUGAAUUUAGAAACACAGCUGAUACGCAGGGUACUCAUUUUCAGUUUGGUGAGACUAUACAGGCGUACAGUGUACUUUGUGUUUCAAUUGGGAUCGACACAAGGAUAACAUAUUGGUUGUUACUGAUUUUUUAUUGUUCCACUCUGUCCAGGUUUCCUUUUCAUUAGUGAAAAUUUUGGUUUCUCAAUUCUCAAUAUGGCAUAUUCAUUCGAAUUUUGGAGUCUUGUAGUAGUUGUAUGGAUUCUGGAGUUAUUUCAAUUAUCAAUAACACUCUUUCUUUGCUAA